AUGUAUUGUAUGGAUGAUUCAGUUAUAGGGUCAUAUUUAACCACCAAAUUCAACUCAAAUAUUGAUUAUUUGGAGUAUGUUCCGGAACAACAACAACAAUACCACCACAACUACAACAAAAGCUGCCACUACAGCAUAAAUCAUACAGAUUCUACUCCUCACUAUUUAAGUGAUAAUCAAAAUUUAACCAAUUUCAUCAAAUACAUCAAUGCCAAUCCUGAUUUCAAAAAUCAUAACCAAUUUUAUUAUCAAAGAUUAUCAAAUAUAUGUUGGAGAAGAAUAUACAAGAAUCAUUGUAACUUAAAAACUAUUAAUCCAUUCACGAUAAAUUGGGAUAAGAAUUCGGAUAUUACUUGGUUAUAUGCACCUAAAUUAGUUGUACAAAAUGAGCUAGAACUUUCCACUGGAUUGGAAAGUAAGAACAACAUCAAGGCUUCUCCAUUUGAAUCAAUGUUGACUGAAGAUGACGACGUUAUUCUUACUGAUGAUGAUGAUGAAGACACUUCAGUUGAAGAAGAAGAAGACGAUAAUAUGUCGGUUUCUUCAGUAGAUUCAAAUACCACUAAUUUCAGUCUUUCUUCAAGAAAAGAUUCAACUUCAUCUUCAUUAUUCGAAAUGGAUGAUGGUAAACCACAGAACCCACAGUUAAAAUCAAUACUUAAACAUUCACCGACAACAGCCACCGCUACCACCACCACCACGAGAGCCAAAAGAGCUCGUCGUGUAUCAUUCAAUUAUAUCAUAAACACUAGAGAAAUCAUUGAUAAUAUUGCAUUAGACUACAAUUUUUUAGAUAAAAAUUGUAUUUAA